AUGUCAUCCACUAUAAUAUCUGAAUUUGAGGAGUUGGUAGAUAGAGCUACUAGUGAAACUAUACCAAACGGUGAGAUAGAUCUACCUGUCUCUUUGGAAGUAUCCGACAUCAUUAGAUCCAAAAAAAUAGCUCCACGCGAAUGCAUGAGACUGUUAAAGAAAAGAAUCAUUUCUAGUAAUAACAACCCUAAUAGACAGUUAUCUAGUUGGAGGUUAGUAGAGAUUUGUAUUAAAAAUGGUGGGAUACCAUUCAUUGUGGAAAUUUGUUGUAGAGAAUUCAUGGAUUUUUUGGAGAACACAAUAAUUAAAUACAAUAAUGAGAAUAAUGAACUGGAAAACCUUACUAAAAAAAUCUUUUAUGAAUUAUAUAUUGCUUUCGAGAAUGAUUCACAACUAAGGUACGUUAGUACUGUAUAUGGACGAUUGAUCAAUAAAGGGAUAACAUUUUCAAAUGAUUUAACAAGUAAUAUUACCGAUGCAAAAGCAAUGUUUGAGUCUAAGAUUCCUGCAGAGUGGAUGGAUUCCGAUGCAUGCAUGAUUUGUUCCAAUAAAUUCUCCUUUUUGAACAGAAGGCAUCAUUGUAGAUCAUGUGGGGGAAUAUUCUGUCAAGAACAUAGUUCCCAUUUCAUUGCUUUACCUGAUUUAGGUAUAUACGAAAAUGUUAGAGUUUGUGAUAAUUGCUAUAAUGAUUAUGAUUCAAAGAAACAUUUCAGUGGUAGUGGUAGUAGUAAUAGUAGCAAUAAACACAAGAAAACGAAAAGAAAAGAAAAGAAACAUCCACGUCAUACAGAUUAUAAUAAUGAUGAAGACGAAGAGGAACAAAUAAGAAGAGCUAUUGAAUUAUCAUUAAGGGAAUCCAGAGGUCAGCCUAUUGAACCAAUUGUUCCAAUAGUAAACACACAAUUUAAUAAUACUAAAUCUUCCACUGAACAAGAUUCAAAUAAAUAUCGGGAAUAUGAAGAAGAAGACGAUCCUGAUUUAAAAGCUGCUAUUGAGGCAAGUUUAAAAGAGGCAGAAAAGGAAAAGAUUAAACAGGAAAGAAAACAACAAUCUUAUGUAGAAACUUCUAUAAAUGAACCUUCCGUUUCGUCGUUUGAACUUUCCCCUGAAGAUGAAGAUGCCAUAUAUUUGUUUGCUGCAAUGGUUGAAAAGAUGAAGACUCAGACUGGUGCAGAAAUUUUACAAAAUGAUGCUGUUCAAAAGUUAUAUCAACAAAUUUUAUCUGCUAAACCUAAAUUAAAUCACACCUUAGCAAACACAAACCAACAAUAUAAUUCGUUACUUGAAAUGAAUGGAAAGAUAUCUAAUAUAAUGAAUAUUUACGAUUACUUCUUAGAAAAACAAUUACAGAAUAUUAAUUUGUCUUCUCAAUAUACGAUCCCAUCCCCCUUACCAAUUAUAGAACGACCACAACCACAACCACAACCACAACCACAAGUACAAGUUCAUCCUAACUUACAGAACUCUAAUUUGAUUUCUAACCCAUCUACAUAUUACCAAGCAACCAUCAGUAAAGUUCCAACAGAACAAUCAAUGAAGCAACCCUCAAUAGCAGCACCUACACAAAUAAAACAGUCAUCAACAUUAGAUCAACUACGUGAUGUAAAUAUACCACCUCAAGAUUCUGCCUCUGUAAUCUCAUCUAACCAGUUGCCAUAUCCAACAGAAUCACAAGAGUCAUUGGACGAAAAAUUAGAGCCAUCUGAACCAGUUUAUCCAGAGGAAGAUAAAGAAAAACAAGUUUCACAGAAGGAGAAAGAGACCAAUGAAAAAAAUAGUAUAUUGAAUGACCAGGAUACAACCCAUCUAACCAAUAAAACUAAAAUAACUCAUUAUGACUUUCCUACAGUACCAAUACAGAAAAUUCCUGAACAACCAAAUACUAUUGAAGCUGAUAAGGAAAAAGAAGAUCAACCACAAAAGGAAGAACCUAUAUUAUUAGAGCUUUAG